CGCUCCAGAGGCCGCUGUCGUCGUCGAGUGAGGAGGGUGUUUUGUUUUUUUGUGCGGGGGAGCGGAAGGGUGUUUUGUUUUUUUUGAGGCCUGAGAGGAUGGAAAGCCGGCAAGCCGACGAGGAGGAGGAGGUGGGCCUCGUUGUCAAGAGCCCCGCGCAGCGCCACCCGGACUUGCUCCUGUCGGCCCGGCGCUCCUGGAGCGUCCGGCGCCUCAAGGCGGAGCUGCGACACCUUCACCCGGAUGAACCGCCUGAAGAGGCUCAGAGGUUGAUCUACUCUGGAAAGCUGUUGCCCGACCAUCUUUUCCUGCAAGAGGUCCUCACCAAGCAGGAGACGCUUCACGCUCUUCAUUUGGUGUGCAACUCCAAGAAUCUGCCCACGAUGCCAGGAGCUGACAUGAAGGAGGCUGAAGCCAAGGAGCAGUCCACAGCAUUGAGCCAAAAUCCUUCGGACCUUCCUCCAAGGUCUGCUCCCAGCCAAGGACAGGCUGCCCCAGACCCGCCUGUGACCACAGAGGAAGCUGACGCGAGAUCUCCGGUGACUCCGCAUCCUUUUCAAGCCAUGAGCUCCAGUUACUCCUCCUACACCACGUAUCAUAUGCUGCAGCUCUGGUUCCAUCAGCUCUACACAAGGCAAUACUACAUGCAAUACAUGGCUGCCAACGCUCAUUCGAGUGACUUGACCUCUGCCCGAAGUUCCCAGGAGAUCUCGGUGGCUCCGGUGAACCCACCGGCUCCUCUCCCCGGUCCGUUUCCUGCCGAAAACCCCCCCGUAGAUCAAAACGCUCCCCCUCAAGCCAACCCCGGAGUGAACCCCAACCUGCGCAUGAAUGCCCAGGGUGGACCCCUCAUGGAGGAAGACGACGAAGUGAACCGCGAUUGGCUGGACUGGCUCUACUCGGCAACCCUCUUCUACGUCUUCGUCAACAUUGUUUACUUUUACUCCAGUAUGAGCAGGUUCCUCUUGGUGAUGGCUGGCACCCUCCUCAUCUACCUGCACCAGAUUGGCUGGUUCCCUUUCAGGCGAAGGCCAGCCCAGGCGCCACCACCAGCACCCCCGAACGACGUUCCUGCCCAGGCUGCGGUUAAUCAAGAUCAGAAUAACAAUUUACAACAGGAGGAAAACCCAAGAGAACAAAAUGAAACGGAGAAUUCGGAGGCCGCCGGCGGCGAGAACCCGCCAGCUCCAGCAGUUUCCUUCGUGAGCACAGCUUGGCUUUUCUUCAAGGCUUUCUUCGCCUCCCUCCUGCCAGAGGGGCCUCCAGCUGUGGCAAACUAACCGGGCACAUAAAACUUCCUCUUUUCUCUUCUCCGGGCACGAGCUUGAAUGUCCCAACGCGGCCGACGGUUGGUUGGAUCAAAGAGGGCGAACAUAAGACUUUUGAAGCUUAAAGACGGACGUGGCCGGACGCGCAAUGAGAUGCUAGCUCAGAGCUUCAAGUAACAAUAGACCACCGAAGCCACGGCUCGAGAGAGCGGUGCGAAGUUUUGUACCUCAGCUGCUUUGCGGGCCAAGUGCAAGAGAGGCAGAGUCCUUCUGCCAGGACCCACUUGAUCCCAGUUGGAUUGGAUCUCGCCUACGUGCAAGUGUGCAAUCUUGUGCAACCAGCAUAGUUAGGGAAAAAAAAACGACACGGGGGGGGGGAAGUUAAUGCCAAAAAUGAAGAAGAGCUGUUCUUAAUUCCUGACAAACACGUGUAAAAGAUAAGGUGUAAAUAGAUUUUCCACAGAAGGUUAACAGUUGAGCCUAUUAAUACUACACAGCGGAGGUGGGCAGCCAAAGCCCCCUUUUAUUUACCACCUGCGGAAAAACUGGGAGUUGGAAAGAGAGCAUGGCUGGCUCAGGAGUUCUGGGAGUUGAAGUCCGCAGGUGGUAAAAGGGGGCCUUGGUUACCCAGCCAUGCCACACAGUGGCAGAAAGUAUUUUCCGAGGUUUCAAGCACGAGGGGGGUUUCCUGUUUUUGCCAAUUUAGCAAGUCAACAUCAUGUCUGGACGCGUGUCUUCGGAUCGAUCAAAUUGCAAAUAACGACUUCUUUCAAGCAGCUUUCUAUUUUGCAACAAUCUACUUAAAUCUAUAAGUUCUUUUUUGUCAUUGCAUUUCAAAGUUAAAAGAGAGAAUGGGAUUUGUGCAAAAGAAGACUUGUGAACGAUCGUUCCCUCCCUUCCUCUCUCUUUCCUUCCCCUCCCCUCUCUCUUUCCUCUCUUCUCUCCCCCCACUCUCUUUCCUUCCUUCCUCUCCUCUCCUUUCCUCUCUUCCCUCCCUCCCCCUCUCUUUCCUUCCUCUCCCCUCCUCUCCUUUCCUCUCUUCCCUCUCUUCCCUCUCCUUCCCUCUCUUCCCUCCUCUCCUUUCCUCUCUUCCCUCUCUUCCUCUCUCCUCCCUUCCUUUCUUCCCUCCCUCCCCUCCUCCCUUUCUUCCUCUCCCCUCCUCUCCUUUCCUCUCUUCCCUCUCUUCCUCUCUUCCCUCCCUCCUCUCCUCACUUUCCUUCCUCUACCCUCCUUCUUCCCUCCCUCCCUCCCUUCCCAUCAUGCGGAUUUUCAGGCCGAUUUCCUGCAGGUUAGCCAUACAUAUUGUGAAUGAAUAAUUUGCUUUCUGGGAUGCGAAUUAAAAGAAAAAAACAUUGGCCUGAAUCUGAAGUCUGGUGGAGCAUAACUCCAUGAACUUCCAACUCUGACACUUGGAAAAGGAGGGAUAUUUGGGUAGGUGACCUUUGCUCCUGAGUUGGGACAGUCCGAAUCCCCAGAGAUGGGGCCAGAGUGAGUUAAGAGGGUCGCCCCAAAUUACUGCAGCUGCUCAUUUUGCAAAUAGAAGUUUGAAACCCAGGCUGUGAGAUUUCUAGCAUCUUUUGAUCAAAAAGAUUGUGUGGGCCAUGUUGGAAGCUGCAGUAUAACAUCAGAAUUAUAGCUGUGAUGAUGUGAUUCAUGACUGAUGCAAAUUAUUUAAGUAUUGAGUUGUGAUGGCCUCAUCGCAUGUCUAGAUGCCCAGAAUUUCUAUGGAGGGGAAAAAUAUUCUUCAACAUCUGCAUUUAACAUGGGACAUUUUAGCAAAAUAACAUUCAUUCUUUUGGAUUUCUGAUUAAUUGGUCUGCUUACAAUGCUCAGAUUAAUUCCCCCCCCCCCCCCCCCCCCUAAGCCUCUCUGCCUGGAACUCCCUAGAAUUGCAUGAUUUUUCCAAAGUCAUUCUUUUCCACUCAGGGAUUAUUUUGCAUAUAAAAACAUUUUUCCCGUUUCUGUGUUUGGAUUUCAGGAUGAUGCCGAAAUGGUGAGUUUUUGCUGUUGUGGAUUGUAACAUGGAUGCUUUCUGUUUCUUAUCUACUCAGAUAUCAUAAGGGCAGUCACGCGAUGGCUGAACUUUUUCUUCCUUCUUUGUACAUUAUUAAACAAAGUUUAAUAUAUGACAGCUUAAUUUUAUUAAACCAAGAUUGUUUGCAA